GACUCAUCCCCCGGCGAUCAUAAGUUCUGUCUUCUUAAUGCUGAAGAGGCAUUUUUGUUCCAUGCUGAAUUGAGACUUUUGGAAUGCUUUACUAUGGCAGCCGUGGUACAGCAAAAUGACCUGAUGUUUGAAUUUGCCAGUAAUGUCAUGGAGGAUGAACAGCAGCUGGGCGAUCCGUCGAUCUUUCCCGCCGUCAUCGUGGAGCACGUGCCGAGCGCCGAUCUGCUGAACAACUACUCGGGCUUAUCGUGCGUGACGGAGCCGAGCGACAUGAUCACGGAGAAUUCGCUGGACGUGGCGGAGGAAGAAAUUAUAGAUGAUGAUGAUGAUAUUACCCUUACAGUUGAAGCAUCCUGCCACAAUGGAGACGAGACAAUGCAAACCAUCGAAGCGGCCGAGGCCCUUCUCAACAUGGAUUCCCCAGGCCCCAUGUUGGACGGAAAAAGAUCAACGCACGUCUUCGAAGCCGAGGAUGAUAUGGAAGUUGCUCCGAUUACUCACGUGUCGGUCACUCUCGAUGGCAUCCCGGAAGUAGUAGAGGUUCAUCAGUUCCAAGAGGCGUUUUCCGAAUCGCCCAGCACGCCGGAGCAGCCAAAGAAGAGAAGAGGGAAGAAACCCAAAGUCCCUCGGCCAGAAUCGCCCAGCCUGACUCCAAAUAUAUCCGUGAAAAAGAAAAACAAAGACGGGAAGGGGAACACCAUUUAUCUCUGGGAAUUCCUGCUGGCCCUGCUCCAGGACAAAGCCACCUGCCCCAGGUACAUCAAGUGGACCCAGAGGGAAAAGGGCAUCUUCAAAUUAGUCGAUUCCAAGGCGGUGUCCAGGUUGUGGGGGAAGCACAAAAACAAACCGGACAUGAACUACGAGACGAUGGGCAGAGCGCUCAGAUACUAUUACCAAAGAGGCAUUCUAGCCAAAGUGGAGGGCCAGCGCCUGGUCUACCAGUUCAAGGAGAUGCCGAAAGACAUCAUCUACAUUGACGACGUGGACCCCAAUUCCAGCAUGGACACUCCCGAUUCGACGCUCCUCUCCACCCCCGGGGCCAACCGAAGCCAAGCGGGCAAGUCCAAGGCUUCUUCCAACCCAGGCGCCAAAGGAAGCGGAUCGGCGGCCCUUUUAAAGUUGCCCGUCAACGCCAAGCCGGCCAAACUGAAGCAUCCCUUGGAGACUGUACCGCAGCCCCUGCCUCCCAUGAGCCCCGAAGUGUUGAGGACGAUGCAGUCGGCCCAGCCAGCCCAUCCCACUCAGCUUUAUCGGACAGUCCACUUAAUGCCGUCUGUGCAGCCCAUCCAGGAAGGGCAGGCGGCCGUAAGCGGUAACAUGCUGGACGAAUCCCUGAAUCCUUCGGUUCCGAACAUCAGGACCCUCCAAGCCUCAGGCCAGGUCCCCGUGGUGGUUACUCCCGGAAGCCAGCAGCUACACACCGUCACACUCCAGACCGUGCCUUUAACCACUGUGAUCGCCAGCGCCGAUCCGACGUCUUCGGCCGCGCCCCAGAAGUUCAUCCUACAAGCCAUCCCCUCUUCGCAGUCCAUGACCGUGCUGAAGGAGAACGUCGUGUUGCAGUCGUCCUCCAAGUCGGUCUCUCCUCCUUCGUCCAUCGUUCUAAGCCCUGCUCAGGUCCACCAGGUUCUCACCACCAGCAACGUCCAGACAAUUUGCAACGGGACGGUCAACGUGGCCUCCUCCCCGUCUUUCAGCACCGCCACCCCCGUAGUAACUUUUACGUCCGGCGGUUCCCACGGCGGUUCCAACGCCAUGAUCACCUCCGUGAUCAAAGCGCCGGAAACGAAAGCCGCCGUUGUUCAAGGGACGGUGAAAUCGGAGUGCGAAAACGGCGCGGGAUUGGAAGACGACACCCCCUCGGAGGCCAGUUUUCACCAGCCGCCUUUUGUCGUGAUGGUGUCGGCUUCCAACGGGUUCCCUCCCACUGUACACAUCAAACAGGAAAGCGAACAGUCGCAGCCACUGAGCCCUUACGAGUAACUAAGAAGAGAAAUAGAGAGUUUUAUGAUUGCUCUUCUCCUGAAUGUGAUGAAAAACGCCUCCACCAAUUGUGUAUGUAACCUCUGAUUCCAAAGCAAGGCAUUAUAAAGCUACUUUUAAUUUCUCGAAUUAUAUUUUAGGAGUUAAGGCUGUAGAGUUUGAUUGCCAGUUUGGUUGUUUUCCUCCGCCGUGUAAAAGAUGAUCUGUUUCAAAAGGCAAAGCAUGAAGGAACGUGCAGUUUCUUUUUUUUUUUUUACUUUUCUUUUCUUUUUGAUCACUGUCCAAAAAUUCGAAAUUUCUUAAGACUUUCCUGUAUUAUUUGUCUGUCUCGCAUAAUAAUGUAAUCGAUGCUUUCAAGCAAUAGCUAAUUUCAGGAGGGGUUUUUUUUUUUUUUUUCCAUGCCGUUAUCUUGAUUUUUUUUUUUUUUUUUUUUAGUAAAUUCCAAAGAUCUGUUUUAUUCAAUGUACUUAGAAUAUAUUUUGUUUUAUAUGGAUAUGAAGCAAUGGGUGAUCUGAUCUUCGUGUGUUCUGUUGCAUUUUGCCCCCCCAGUGAGAAGACAUUUUGCAAAAUAGAUGUACUUCCCUUCUAUCAAUAAGAAUAUUUACCGCCACUUAUGCAUUCUAGAUAUUUUCUAUUUUAAUAAUGACAAUAUCUUUGAUGAACUGGCUCACGAAAGCGGGAGCUAUCACUACAGGUGCAAUUAUUUUUCAGACCAUUUAAACCUUGAGGCAUAAAGAAACGCGCUGUUGGCUUUUUUCAAUUAUUUUUAUAAGGAAAUGAAAAAAAUAGAAGUAUAUGGGACUUAACCCGAGUAUUUUGAGAUUAAAAUAUUUCUACAAAGUACCUUUUCUAUUGUAAAUAUGUAAUUUAAUUUCUCAAAAAGAUUUUUUUUUCAUAAAAGAAAAUAUUUCCAUAGAACAAUAUUUUAUAGAUACAAAUAAGAUCAUUAUGUUUAGAGCUCUAAAAGUUAUAUGUAUUCCUGUAUUGCAGAGUGAAUUUGUAUUUAAAAGAAAAAAGAUUAAAACGUGGGACCUCUCGGAGACUGUUUCCUCUUUUUUGUAUUUUAAUUGGUUUAUCACGAAAAUAAAUCAAGUACAACA